CAAGUUGGCCAACGAGACGCCAGCAGCAGAUUGCGAUGGGCGGUGUCUUCAGCUCCAGCGCUGCCAGCGAGGUCGGCGCUGCCGACGCGCCGAGCACCCACGCGCAGGAAGCCGUGCGCAGCCCGCCUACCGUGCCCGCGCCCGUCGCCGAGCCUGGAGUCGCGCCUCGCCCGGCCCCGGAGAGCCGCGACGAGGCUCUCGACACCAGUGCCUCGACGCCACAGGACGCAAGCACGCUUUACGACGCGCUGCUUGUGCAUCUCGCGGCGUCUGUGCGAGCGGCGAUGAUCGUCCAGACCACGAAGAACCGGCGGCCGUCGUUCGCCGUGACCACGAUAGCGCGCAUGGUCGACGAGACGACGUACGUGCCGAGUGGCGAGAUCGCUGCCGUCACUGCAAUCAUUGUGGAGCUGCUCGCCGCCGAGCCGGGCAUCACGCUGUAUCCUUCGCGCCAGCAGUUUGUGUUGGAUGCGAUGCAACUCGCGCCAGACACGGACGCCACUAGCACGGACACACCCGACGUCUUGGACGCGCUGGUGCGACGCUUGGCGCAAGAGAUCGCGUCGAAACCCGUGUCGCACGCAGCCAUCUACAAGCGCGCGAGGAAUGCAGCUGCUGGCAGCGCUGGUAUCUCCAACAAUCAAGCCAAACGCAUUGUUGUCCAGCGUCUCAAAGCUCUCGGCUGCAUCGCAAAUGCGACGGAUGGCAGCCCCUGCCUUGCCAUCAACCCGGCGUGCUUGCACACCCCGGCUGCUGCCUUUGGCGACUUGACCUUUCUUCUCUCGCGGCCAGCAAUGCCGCGCCGUUGCCGUAUAGCCGCGCUAGCGCCAGCUUCCGACGCCUCGGAGGUUGUCGCGCGUGAGACUCGGCCGUGUGGUGACGCGGGUCGUUCGCUCUAUGACGCGCUAUUGGAUCACUUGAUCGUACACAUCCAUGGUGCAGUGCACAAGGCGAUCCGGGCCAAGAAGAGGGAGUUCAAGCUUGAGAAAAUUACGUCGAUGCUCACGAAAGCAGGGUACGUCGACGACGUGCCUCGUACAUCUGCGUACAUUCUGCAACGUCUCCUCGUCGACCCGAGCUUGCGACGCGGCGGUGCGCUCAACAAGAUGCUGGUCGCUGCGUCACCCAACGAUCUGCCGCCGCUGCGGACGAUGCCCAAGGCGACGAUCAAGACGAGUGUCUCUGCCCUUGUCGAGCAUUAUGGUCGGAAGAUUGCUAUGGCGCCGCAAGCGACGGCCCACCUUGUGGGAAACGUGCAGAAUCGCUGCGGGGAUGCAGCAAAAGCGCAGACCGUACUUAGCAUGCUGCGGGCGACAGGCUGCGUGACGGACGUUCUCACUGCGACAAAGAAGCAAACACCGCGUCUCGGCAUCAAUCCCGCUGUUGUCCGACGGCCGCUGGCGUCGUUCCAGCACAUGUCCUUUCUGCACUCCGUCUCCUCGGUGCCGGCGCUAGCGACCGCUCUUGCGCGAUCGGACGGCCCAGACGCAUGCAACGUGGCAAGCCGCGAGGCGCUUCAGCACGUUGUCAUCGAGCCUGCGACCGUAGCUCUUCCCCCACGUCCCAACGCGCGUCCGCUGGCACCGGAACCGACAGCACCGUCGCCACCAACUGUACACGAGCCAAGCCCGGUCAUCGACAGCACCAUCGAUGUCGCGACCGUCGUGGAGCUCUUUGAAGUCACGUAUCUCGAUGCGAUCCUGGCGUGGGUGCAAGACGGUGAAGUCUUUCAUGUCUCGUACAUUCGGUCCCAAGUCCGUCCGCUCGUGUCGCCCGACGUGCCCACGGACGCGGCGGUCGUGGCCAUUGUUGCGCGGUUGACGCAGCACCCGCAGCUCGAUUUUUGCGCCUCAAACAGGCCGUGCUUUGUCGGCAAAGGCUUUCCUCCGCCGGACGACCGCGUCGAUCUCACGCCGCCUCGCUCGAACAUGACGAUGGACGAUGACGACGACGUGUCGCUCGCGGAUAGUGACGAGGGUGGCGCGUCCGAGCCCGAGACGGAAGAGGCGGCAGUCUCAUCGCCAACCAAAGAUUCGUCGGGGGCCAACGCCCGCCGCGUCAUUGCGACCUACGUGCACGAAGUCGUCGCUAGCAUUGCUUUGGGAAAUGUCUACGACACGGCGCGUCUCGCGCUGGAGCUUGGGCGUUUGGCGCUCGACGACGUGGAGCUGGCAGACGCGGUCGACGCCGUCGCGUCGACUUUGCAGACGAUGCCACAGCGCAUCGACAGCACCAACAUCAAUAACGAGUGGACGUUCCGCCGAGCCAUUGCUCGCAGAGGUCCUACGACCAAAAAGCCAACGACGUCGGCCAAGCUUCCUGCGCGUAUGGCGCCAAGGUACACGAAGUAGAUAUCAUUUUGAAGCAUUUGAUUGGCUAUUUUCUUUGAAUUUUGGGCCAAUCCCACGCGAUUCUGGAUCAACCACCGCCGCCAAGCCGCCGAGCCGCUCGCUGCGUGCGCCAAAUCGAGUUGGAAAAUGAAAUCGCUUCUACGUGGC